AUGGAACAGGACUGCGAACGCAAAUCCUUGCGCCCAGUAGCACUCGCUUCGGUUGCUCUAGCCACUGUUAGUGUGCUGUCAUGCAUCAUAAGUCUACCUCUUGUAUACAACCACGUCCAGUCGAUCCAGUCUUACAUGCAGAAUGAAGUUGACUUCUGCAAGACGCGAUCUCGUGAAAUGUGGCGCGAGAUGGUAACCGUCCAAUUUUCCACGACGGGCAAGGUCAAUGAACGUGUCCGACGUGAGGCCUAUGAGGCUCAGCCUGUUGACAAUCGUUCAAAUCCCUCAUCUGUCGCCGGAUCUUGCUGUACCUGCCAGGUGGGUCCUCCCGGACCUCCUGGUCCACCAGGACGAGACGGCCGGCCAGGUGCACCAGGAAGGCCAGGGAAUCCUGGGCCACCAGGAAGAGAUGGCGCACUUCUCCCUGGACCCCCACCAAAGCCGCCCUGCCAGAAAUGUCCACCUGGACCUCCAGGACCACCAGGACCGCCGGGACCAAAAGGGUUGCCAGGACCACAAGGAGACCCAGGUACUCCUGGACAUGAUGGGAUUCCUGGACUUCCAGGGCCACCAGGACCACCAGGUCCACAGGGUCCUCCAGGUGUCCCCGGUGAAAAAGGACCUCCUGGAGAACCCGGAAAAGUUAUCAAUGGUGCACCGCCCGGACCUCCUGGUCCACCAGGACCCCCUGGACCACAAGGGCCUCCUGGUCCACCGGGAAAAGAUGGGCAAGCAGGAAGACCAGGUCCUCCGGGACCUCCUGGAGAUCCUGGAGAGAAGGGUGCUGACGGAUUGCCUGGUCCACAUGGGCCACCAGGACCACGCGGGCCACCCGGACAGCCCGGUUCAUGCGAUCACUGUCCUCCGCCGCGAACUGGUCCCGGUUAUGGAAGACUGUGA